CAGGCAGAGGGGUGCAUUCUAAAUUACAGAUAGAAUUCCAUUUGCUUUUUGAUUUUAUCUCUACUGCCCACUAAUACUUCAUUCAAAAAAACAAAAAACACUAGUAUUAUGGUGGGGUAUUUUAAAACUCAAUCUCGUGCUACAUAAAUCUUAAAAUAACAUAGUAUUGUAUUUGAAAAUCAAUAAUCAAUACCACAGUAGUCUAUUUUUUUUUGAAAAUCAUAUGAUUCGUUUAUUAAUUAGUUAAUUAAUUUCGUGCAUGAGCAGAUGCCUGGGAUCAACAUACUAACAGAGAUAGUGAUUGGCUACAUAAUGCCGGGGAAUCCAUUGGCGAGUGUGGUGUUCAAAACCUACGGUUGCACGAGUAUGGGUCAAGCCAUCAACUUUCUGUCCGAUUUCAAGCUCGGUCACUACAUGAAGAUUCCUCCUAGAUCCAUGUUCAUCGCACAGUUAGCGGGUUCGGUGAUCGCCAACGCGAGCUACUUCGGCACAGCGUGGUGGUUGCUCUCCGACGUCCCCCACAUUUGUGAGACCAACUUGCUGCCGAAGGGCUCCCCGUGGACGUGCCCUAGCGACACUGUGUUCUUCAGCUCCUCUGUUAUAUGGGGCGUGGUUGGGCCUCGUCGGAUGUUCGGCCCCGACUCCAUCUACUCUGGCCUUAACUACUUCUUCCUCCUUGGCCUCUUCGCCCCCGCCACCGUCUACCUCUUCCACCGUCUCUUCCUGGAGAAGAAAUGGAUUCGACUCAUCAACUUCCCCGUCAUCUUCGCGGCCGCCGGCUACAUUCCCCUAGUCAAGACCGUUAACUUCAACUGUUGGUUCAUUGUCGGCUUUGUCUUCAACUAUUGGGUGCUCAAGCACCACAAGCAGUGGUGGGGCCGCUACGCCUAUGUGCUGUCUGCCGCCCUCGACGCCGACACAAGCUUCAUGGCCGUCAUCGCCUUCUUCACCCUCGGGAACUAUAAUAUCAACUCCGUCAAUUGGUGGGGAGGCGUCACUGAUGACUACUGUCAGCUCGCUAAAUGCCCUACUGAGCUCGGUGCCUACAUCCCCAAGGGUUGUCCUGAACUCCAAUGAAAUGGUCAUGUAAUUGACUUUUGUAUGUUGUUCCACAAUUAGCACUUAAACAAGAUUUGUUUGUUCAAAACAUCCAAAAACAUUUCCUAUAAUCCCUGAGAAAUUGAAGGAAAAGGAAAUGAUAUGAAUUUCAUUCAAUUCAUCGAUUCAUUACAAGAUUAACGAUUCAAAAUCAUGUAAUUUUACACUACUCAAGUUAAAUUAUUACCAUCGAUAUCUAUUCAGUUCACCUAUGUAGCUCUAUCUUGAGCCAACUAAGUCGCCAUGCUAAGUCACCUAAGAUAGACUAAUUAAGCCAAGCAAUAGAUUGUAGAGCACCAAGCUAGGACUAGAGUUGCUAGUUGAUCUGAGCCGAUCCGAGAUAAUCCAAGCCUACUCGACUGUCAGCUAUCGAGUCCUAAAUGCCAAAUGCCAUAUGAGUUGCACCCCCGAGCACUUCGUGUUGGAGAUAGAAGACAAGAGAAUGGAAAUUCUGAGAAGAUUUAAAUUUGCUUCUCUAACUUUUGAUCUUUUGUCGUUAUUUUCAUAGAUGCAUUACAUUAAUUUAUAAAGAAAUACUUCAUAAAUACAUUGAUUGUAUGGAAAAUAUAAAAUACAACUAAUUGACUCCUAAGAAACAUAAACACAAUUAAUACUUUAUACUAAUCAAUUAAUUAUCAUUUAACACCCCUCUUAAUUUGUAAUCUUCGUAAUAACCUCGAACCAUUAAAGCUUUUAAAUAGAAAUAAUCUUGUCCUCAAGGCGUAGCGCAGACGGUAGGCACAUGGUAUCUCUGAAGUAAUGGCCAGGGGUCGAUUAUUAGGAACUGAUUGUUGGAACCCCAAGGUGUUUUGAUGUGAUCAAACAAGCUAAGUUAGGUCCUGCGUUUGUUUAACCCUUGUGUCUAAGUG